ACUCCCUUUCCUCACUUUUAACUUGUACUCUCUCUACUGCAACGAUUUUCACGACUUCUCUUUCUAACGUCGCCUCAAUUUUUCGUUGGCUCUGGGCGGCCACUGCUGGACGAUCGACUACUAAGAUCACCGACCUUUGACAAUGCUUUUGCCUCGGUUAUCUCAGAGCGCGGAAGCUGCGCGUGCAGCAGCACUGCAGGCUGAAUUCAAUGAGAAGAAAUGGGUGUGGGUCCCUGACGACAAAGAGGGGUAUUUGGCCGGCUGGGUCAACAAAGAGGAAGGUGAUUUUGGUGAGAUUAUCAUGGCUGCUGGCGGGGAUUUUCGACGGGUUCCGCUGUACGCCUUAUCCAAGAUGAACCCACCCAAAUUCGACCGCGUCGAGGACAUCGCGGAUCUCACAUUUCUGAACGAAGCGAGCGUGGUCCACAAUCUUCGCUUAAGGUACGGCUCUGGAGCAAUAUAUACUUAUUCAGGCUUAUUCUUAGUCGCCAUAAAUCCCUAUCAGUCCCUCCCACUGUAUUCUGAUGCUAUAAUACAGCAAUAUCGCAACAAACGAAGGGAUGAGAAUCCGCCUCACAUAUUUGCCGUUGCGGAGCGGGCGUGGGUUAACAUGGGCGAAGAGCGGGAGAACCAGAGUAUACUAAUCACAGGAGAAUCAGGUGCUGGUAAAACCGAGAGUACAAAGAAAGUUAUCCAAUAUCUUGCGGCCAUUGCUACUGAUGUUCAUACUUCGCCCCCAUCACAUUCUCGUUCGCCAACACUAACAUCGUCGAGCUCCUUCGUUUCAUCCAUGCCAACGACCGGACUCCCUCGUAACAGCUCCUUUCGUAGGGCUCAUAACGCGUCUCCUUCCGUAUCCGGCUCCGGUUUGACAGCGAAGGGACGGCUAGGUCUGCUUGAGCGCCAAAUUCUGCAAGCGAACCCCAUUCUUGAAGCGUUUGGAAAUGCUCAGACUCAAAGGAAUAACAACUCAAGUCGAUUUGGUAAAUUCGUCCGAAUAACAUUUGCUCCCGAUGGCAGCAUCGCGGGGGCAAAUAUCGAUUGGUAUCUGCUAGAGAAGAGUCGGGUUGUCGUACGCAGCGAAGCCGAACGGAGUUUCCAUGUCUUCUACCAGUUGAUGGCUGGCGGAGGCACCCUCAAGGAAUCGCUACUUCUGGGAGGAGCUAUCGAAGAUUAUGAGUAUUUAAAUAAGAGCAGACGCGAGGUGGAUGGUGUGGAUGAUCUCCAUGAAUGGUCUGCGCUGAAGUCUGCUCUCGACAUCGUUGGCUUUACACCUGCUGAACAGUUCGAUUUAUUUCGGAUAGUGGCUGCAAUUCUUCACAUUGGUAAUAUUGCCAUCACGUCGACGAGGGCUGAUGAUGCUAUCAUGCCUGAUCCUUCGCAAGCCGAACGCGUGUGCCAUCUCCUUGGAAUACCCGUUGCCGAAUUUACUCGUGCUGUGCUACGCCCUCGUGUCUUGGCCGGUCGGGAGUGGGUUUCGCAGGCGCGAACACGCCAGCAAGCCUUGGACGAAUUGUCCGCUCUUUGCAAAACUUUGUAUGAAAAAUCAUUUGGGCGCCUGGUGGACAGGAUAAACGAGGCCCUUGACCGACCCUCUUCAAGGUCUACUUUUAUCGGCGUCCUCGAUAUAGCUGGUUUCGAAAUAUUCGAGAUCAAUACCUACGAGCAGCUUCUGAUUAAUUACACCAAUGAGAAGCUGCAGCAAUUCUUCAAUCAUCAUAUGUUCGUUCUGGAGCAGGAGGAGUACGCGAGAGAAGGCAUUCACUGGGAUUAUGUCAACUUUGGAUUGGACCUUCAGCCGACUAUCGACUUAAUCGAGGCAACCGGAAACGCCAUCGGCAUUUUGAGCUGUUUGGACGAGGAGUGUAUCAUGCCCAAAGCUACUGAUCUCACCUUCACUAACAAGCUCAGUGGUCUUUGGGCGGGUGCUACCGGUGAAGACGACGAGCAUCCGGGGAAGCAGAAAUACGAACCUGCUCGCUUCGCACAGGGGUUUCUGAUCCAGCAUUAUGCUGCAAAGGUUGAGUAUCGAACGGAUGGAUGGCUGGAGAAGAACAAAGAUCCUUUGAACGACAAUGUCACCCGUGUUUUAGCAGCGUCUUCUGAACGAUAUGUUGCCACUCUCUUUGCGGAGUAUUCUGAUCUGCCAGUGUCCAGUGGACCUGGAGGACCUGGUAAUAUGUUCACCGUGACAAAGAAACGUGGUCUCAAGAAAGGUGCAUUCCGGACGGUCGGACAGAGACAUAAGGAGCAGCUAGCGAGUUUGAUGUCGCAACUGCAGGCUACGCAACCUCAUUUUGUUCGGUGUAUCGUACCUAACGGUCACAAGAAACCUGGGCGUGUGGACGUCCCCCUUGUUCUCGAUCAACUACGCUGUAAUGGUGUGUUGGAGGGCAUUCGAAUUGCUCGGUUGGGGUAUCCCAAUCGCCUACCUUUCGUCGAGUUCCGACAGCGGUACGAGGUUCUUACACCUGGAAUCAUACCACCCGGUUAUAUGGAUGGACGCGAGGCUUGUCGGCGCAUGGUCAAAACUUUGGACCUUGAUGACUCAAUAUAUAAGAUUGGGACGUCGAAGAUUUUCUUCAAAGCUGGCGUUCUUGCUGAGCUUGAAGAACGUCGUGACUUACUUCUCUUUGAUAUCUUCUCUCGAUUACAAGCCGUAGCACGUAUGUGGACGGCUCGCAGGCAGAUCAAGAAGAUCCUUAAUCGUGCUAUCGCUAUUAGGACAAUACAGCGGAAUGCAAGAGUCUAUGGCGAAUUGCGAGAUUGGCCUUGGUGGCAACUCUACACAAAGGUCAGCAUUCAUCUUACUCCACAAGUUGGGUAGAUGUUUUAUUCCCCAAAAAGGUCCGGCCUCUUCUUGCGGCAACUCGAAACGAUGAAGAAUUGCGCCGAAAA